AUGAGGUUUGUCCAAAAAGGAAAACUUAGUCCUCGAUUUAUUGGACCAUAUGAAGUACUUGAGAGAGUUGGUGCAGUUGCAUAUAAACUAGCUCUUCCACCGGAGUUAGAUAAGAUCCACAAUGUCUUCCAUGUUUCUAUGCUUAGAAGAUAUCGCUCAGAUCCAUCUCAUGUUUUUCCUAUUGAAUCCAUUGAGGUCAUCCCUAACUUGACAUAUGAAGAGGAACCUAUCCAAAUCUUGGCGCAUGAGACAAAAGAUCUUAGAAACAAGAAAAUCCCAUUAGUAAAAGUCCUUUGGAGAAAUUAUUCUGGCAAAGAGGCUACCUAG